AUGACACAAUCAAUCUAUUCCAACUACCCACCUGAGCUGUCAGCAGCGCAACAAAAGUUUCUCGUCACAGCUGUAAAGGACUGGGCCAUUCAAAACGGUCUUGCCGUUCGUCCUUCGCCAGCAAUUGUCCCAGCAGGAACGGAUCAAAAUGGGGUUUUGGCGACGAAUGCACCGGUCACCCUAUUCCCUAGUCCGUUUCCCAGGACGUGCUUUGAUGAAGCUACUGCUCUUCAGGAGAUCUACAACGAACUCUAUGCCUCAAUUACGUGUAAUGAAGAAUGGCUUGGAGACAUCGUCAAAGGACUGAUUGAGGUCGAUGACUUUGUUGCAAACUUGUGGAAGGUCCACCUGGCUGUGAAGAAAGAGGGCUAUGUCCAGAACUUGUCACUGGGUCUCUUUCGAUCUGAUUACAUGGCCCAUGUGUCUGCUACGGGUGACACAGCUCUGAAGCAGGUUGAAUUCAAUACUAUUUCCUCUUCAUUUGGGGGUCUCUCCGCUCGGGUGCGACAAAUGCACGCCGAGUUCCUGACAUCACCACCUGGCCCAUCAAUCAACUACCCAUUCCAUCCUCUGCUUCAUUCUGAGGUUCCUCCUGAGAAUCCUGCAGUGGAAACUCUUUCAUCUGGUCUUGCCCGGGCUCACGAGGCUUAUGGAGUGUCCAAAUCCACUCCGGCUCUCCCUCUUUGCGUGGUUUUCGUGGUUCAAGCCACCGAAAGAAAUGUCUUUGAUCAGCACGCGCUCUCGGAACAACUGAAGAAAGUCCACAAUAUCCCGGUCUUCCGCGUCGCGAGCGUGGACGUAUUGGAGCAAACGUUCAUUCCUAGCGACAACUCUGCCCGUCCAUUGCUCUACUGUCCCCCUCAUUCGCCCGAGUCCACGUUCGAAGUGACAACCUUGUACCUACGGGCGUUCUACUCACCAGACGAUCACACAUCCAGUCGGGACUGGGACGCUCGGACCCACCUGGAGCGCUCCGCAGCAAUUAAAUGUCCCACCGUGCUCAACCAAUUGUCCGGUUGCAAGAAAGUCCAACAGGUCCUAGCAGAGCCGACUGGAUUGGACCAUCUCUCUGCUUUCUUAAAGGGCGUCGAUCCCAGUCUCAUUGAGAGAGUCCGGAGCACGUUUGCCCCUCAAUAUGAUCUGUCGGCAAACAGCAAGGGUCGCGAACUGGCACUCAACCCGGAGACUGCUAUGAACCAUGUCCUCAAGCCGCAACGUGAGGGUGGCGGCAACAAUAUCUACAAGUCCGAUAUUCCAGGGUUCUUACAGUCUCUUCCCGAGUCGGACUGGAUGGGUUGGGUGCUCAUGGAGCUGAUUAAUCCCGCAGCCAAUGCUCAAAAUGUUGCCCUGCGUAACGACGGCGAAGUACUCCGCGGCGAUGUCAUCUCAGAGCUCGGCAUCUACGGUACUAUUCUGUGGGAAGAUACCGGCAAGAUCUUGCACAACAACCAUGGUGGUUAUCUCUUGAGGACAAAGGGCAAGGAGGUCAAUGAAGGCGGUGUCGCUGCAGGAUUCUCCAGCUUGGACAGUGUUCUUUUGUUCUGA